AUGAACUCUUAUCAAAACUAUAGCCGAAAGGCAAAUCCCAGGCACAAUGCAAAUUGUCUAUCUGCCUCUACAUUCCUUUAUACCAUUCCCAUAUUUUGGAAGGGAUACAAAAAGGAAUUCGAUGAACAUAACAUGUACGACGUGGCAGACAGGUUUCAGUCUGAAGUUUUGGGCAACGAUAUUGAAGCGGCGUGGAAUAGGGAGGUGAAGAGUGCGUACAAGGCAAAGCGCAGCCCUUCCCUCAGAAGAGUACUUCUACGUAUGUUUGGUAUUCAACAUUUUCUAUGGGGAGUGUUACUGGCUGUUGCGGAAUGCGUGAUUCGGCCAGCCCAAGCUGUACUUGUGGGCAAAUUGGUAUCUUACCAUGGUACAAAUUCGCAUGUAGUAGAACAGGGGGUUGGAAUCGCUCUGCUCGUAGUUAUAAAUGUAGCACUUUUUCACGUGUAUUCAGGAAAUGCGUUAUUAUCUGGCUUGAAAGCCAAAGUGGCCUGCAGUAAUCUCAUUUAUAGAAAAACUUUGAAGCUCAAUCACUCCGCUAUAAGAAAGAUCAAUGUAGGAAGAAUACUUAAUCUACUUUCAAACGACGUGGUCGUAUUUAUAAAAUGCGGUUUGUACAUCAACUUUUUAUGGAUCGGGCCCACGCAGUGCCUAAUUGUGACGUACUUAAUGUACCACGAGGUCGGAUUUUCGGCCAUAGUUGGUGUCUUCCUACUACUGCUUUUCAUACCAUUUUAUUCUUUUGUGGCAAGAAAGGCAUCUAAAUACCGAUCCAGAAUGCUCAAACGUACAGAUGAGAGAAUGGGUCUAAUAAACGAGGUCAUAUCUGGAAUUGAAGUUAUUAAAAUGUACGUUUGGGAAAAACCAAUCCAGAACCUAGUGACUUAUGUUCGCAGACUGGAAUGCAAAUGGAUCAGACUAUUGAACUUUACCAAGGCAACCUAUAUGACCGUUGAUAUUAUAUUAAUCCCGAUUCUUCUCUGCACAACAAUUGGAGUAUAUGUUCAACACAAUGAGAUAACUGCGGCCAAGGUUUUCAGCCUGAUAGUAUUUUACAACUCACUACGUCUGCCAAUGGCGUGGUUUUUCCCUCAGGCACUUAGCCUUUUGGCCGAGGCGCUUGUGUCCGUGGAUCGUAUUAGUUCAUUUCUAAUUAACGAAGAGGUUAACAUGCAACUGACAAAGAAUGCGGAUAAAUCAGUGGCUGUGAACAUUACUAAUGGUGUAGCUGGAUGGGAUGAAGAUGUCAUUUUGAGAGAUAUAAACGUGACAAUUAAACGAGGUUCUUUGGUAGCAAUAAUGGGGCAAGUUGGCUGUGGUAAAUCCAGUUUAAUUAACGUAAUCCUUAAGGAGUUACCUCUAACUUCUGGUGAAAUUCUGAUCAAUGGAAAAAUUAGUUUCGCCUCACAAGAGCCUUGGUUGUUUUGCGGAAGUGUGCGUGAUAACAUACUGUUUGGGGAAGAAAUGGACACUGCGCGUUACAACGAGGUGGUACGUUCAUGUUCAUUAGAAUGCGACUUCAAUUUGCUACCGUUUGGCGAUCGAACUCUAGUGGGAGGUAGAGGAGCGUCGCUAAGCGGAGGCCAAAAGGCGAGGAUUAGUUUGGCACGUGCAGUAUAUCGAGAAGCCGACAUCUAUUUACUGGAUGAACCGUUUUCAGCAGUCGAUGUUCGUGUCGGCCAACAAAUAUACCAGGAGGGCAUAAAGAGUUUUCUGAAACGGAAAACUGUAAUACUAGUUACCCAACAACUGCAAUACCUAAGAGAUGCCGAUCAGGUAAUCGAAUUAGACAACGGCACCCUUAUUAGUUCGAAGCAGUGGAAGAAGAAAGACACUGAUGACCCCCAAGAAUGCUUUGAUGCGGUGACUACUGCAGAGGUUCCAACCAUAGAUAAAGUGGUAGAAGAAAUAAGAUCGCAUAGCUCCGUUUCUAGAAAUGUUUACGUCACCUACUUCGCUUUUGGUGGAAAUAUCUGUCACAACGCUAUAAUGUGGGCAUUUCUACUGUUGUCCCAAGCUCUUAUGAGUGGUGGUUCAUACUACCUUGCUUACUGGGUAAACCAAGUAGACUAUGGAUCGGUGACUACCAAAAGCGUUUCAGAUGAGGAAAUACAUUUUUACAUUUAUGCUAGCAUUACACUGGCUUGCGUGAUAAUGACGUCUUUCGCAUCGUAUCUCUUCUACGCCUUAUGUUUGAAAUCCUCCAAGCAGUUGCACGACAAUAUGCUCAACAGCAUUCUUCAGGCACCCAUGCGUUUCUUUAAUACAAACCCUCAAGGCCAAAUUACCAAUCGCUUUUCCCAAGACACGGAAAUUGUAGAUAUCCAGCUACCAACUGUUACACUUAACGCCUUGCAGCUAACGUUAGGGAUGAUAGCAUCCGUUGUGCUAGUAGCAUAUGUGAAUUCUUGGUUCCUGAUACUAGUAGUUGCAGUCAGUUCAUGCAUCUAUCUCAUACAAGCUUUCUGCGUGAAAACAAUCCGUAAUAUAAAGCGUAUGGAAAACAUAACCCGUAGUCCCGUGUUGGAACACAUCAGUUCUUCACUGCAAGGUUUAAGCACAAUUCGUGCUUUUGGUGCAGAAGAGAUAGUUAGAAGAGAGUUCGACUGUCAUCAAAACUUGCACAUUUGCUGUGGUGAAAUAUUCAUUUCGACAACACAAGCGUUUGCUUCUCUCCUAGACUAUACGUGCGCAAUCUACGUCGUCAUAGUCACUAUUACAUUAACAGCAUUUGAUAAUGGAAUACUUGGGGGAAACUUUGGACUUGCUCUUACCCAAUGUCUUCAAUUAACCACCAUACUUCAGUGGAGCGUUCGUCAGGCAACCGAUGUGGAAACACACAUGGCCAGUACAGAGCGGAUCAUGGAAUACAAGAAAAUUGACCACGAAAGAAACUUGGGCGGCAGGAUACCACCACGCUGGCCGAGUAAUGGCGAAAUAACAUUCAACAAUGUCUGUCUAAAAUAUUCCCAGCAAGACUUGCCCGUUUUAAAAAAUCUGACUUUCAAAAUUGCGUCCAAAGAAAAGGUUGGAAUCGUCGGUAGAACUGGCGCAGGAAAAUCGUCGAUUGUCAGCGCGCUUUUUAGAUUUAGUCACAUAACUGGUCAGAUUCUAGUUGAUGGUGUCGAUACGGAACAGCUAAACUUAAAAGAAUUGCGAACUAAAAUAUCAAUUAUUCCCCAAAAUCCAGUUAUUUUCUCCGGAACGUUACGAAGGAAUUUGGAUCCUAUGCAAGUGAUUGAGGACUCCAAAUUAUGGUCUGCUCUAGAAGACGUGGAGCUUAAGGAUUUCUUCUCAGGACUUCCGCUGGGUUUGGAUUUUGUAUUUGAACAGGGUGGGUUGAAUGUCAGCGUUGGGCAACGUCAGUUAAUAUGUUUAGCACGGGUGAUUUUACGUAAAAAUAAGAUAUUGGUGUUGGAUGAGGCAACUGCGAGUAUUGAUCGCGAAACCGAUUAUUUAGUACAAAGAGCAAUUAGAAAACGUUUUGCAGACUGUACAGUCAUAUCCAUAGCACACAGAAUAGAGACUAUUAUGGACUGUGACAGAGUCAUGGUGAUGGAUGCAGGUGAACUAGUUGAAUUCGAUGCACCUUCAGUAUUACUACAAAACGUCAACGGGCAUUUCUAUCGGACUGCUCAACAAGCAUGCAAAGGAAAUAAACUAGCGAGGCAACAAUUGUGAUAGUAGUGUAGGUUGGUGUUAUAUCAAAUUAUGAAAAAAAACAAACUGCAAAUAUUUAGUUAUUUUAAAUACACACUUUACAACAUGCAAAAUAGUUCCAAUUGUAAA